AUGACUUUUACCAUUCUCUCAAAUGAUCAGGUCAACUCCAUCUUGGAGGGCCUUAACAUUGAUGAGCUUGAAGAGUUUCGCCAUGUACUGGCUUCGUCUCUUCACGAGUUCUCUACUGGAACACCAGCUUUGGAGGAGGCCUUCCAGGAACCAGAGCGUACCUCAACACUGCAUCCGGAGACAAUGGCCGAAACCCUUUACAUGCCCUCAUGCGCGCCAUGCGGAAUGGGUUGCAAAGUGGUAUCUUCAACAGGUCUGGAAGCUCGUCGGUACUCAGACGAUGCCGAGCAGCCUAGUCCGAUUGGCGUUGUAAACUUGUUCAUGCCAGACGGAACACCACUUGGCAUCAUAAAUGCGACUACUUUAACGGCCUUUCGAACUGCACUGGCUUCAACCUGCCUUCUAGCGCGCCGUAAUCACGUCAAAACCUUGACUGUAUUUGGCAGUGGCCUUCAAGCUUACUGGCACAUUCGACUUGCUCUUAUGAUGCGCGGUAGAACGAUCAAGCGGGUUCAUGUUAUAAACCAUCGAUGGAGCGACAAGGCAACUGGACUAUUGAAACGGUUCGCUAACAUUGAUCCGGAGGUCAAGCAACGGGAGGGCUGGUCAGACACCAAAUUUGGACUAUUGAUUCCCGCGUUCCACGAGUAUAAGCGCCUGGUAAAAGAGCAGGUAAGGGAAGCUGAUGUGAUAUACUGUUGCACUACAUCACAAAACGACCUGUUCGAUGGGUCUAUCUUGACGUCCCAUGAGGGCCGCAGGAAAGGAAGACUUAUCAUCGCUGUGGGAAGUCUUACGCCGGAUCAUCGAGAGUUGCCAGAAGACCUGAUACACUUGGCAGCCAAGAGGGACGACAAGCCACAUCGCCAUUUCCAUAAGCAUGCCAUUGAAGGCGGAGUAAUCGUUGUUGAUAAUAUCAGAGGAGUACUCAAAGAUGCGGGCGAAAUCAUAGCGGCUAAUAUUGGCCCUCAUCAGAUGGUCGAGCUAGGAGAACUGGUGAUGCUUCAUCGUCUGGCUAUAGAAGAGUCUGAUGGAUUUACCAGCAGCCAGACGUCUUUGACUUCAGACAUGGAUAAGAUGGAUGUACACGGCAGGAGCUCUAUGUCAACCGUCUAUGGUAGUGGAAGUAAUACUAGCGAAACGCCAACAAGCCCUACGGGCUCUGUUGACUCCGAAGGGAGGAGGUCCAGCUCGUUCUUCCACUCGAGAAAGAGCUCCAGCAGCUCUUUGGACAAAGAAAAGAGGAAGUCUGAAGAUCAUCUUUGUCAGUGGUUACGAGACGGCACCGUAGUGUACAAGAGUGUCGGGCUAGGACUGAUGGAUUUGGUGGUGGGGACACAUCUGAUCGGGGUCGCAAGCGAAAAGAGUAUAGGAACAAGGAUAGAUGGUUUCUAA